CAAGAAUGUGCAUGUUUGUCCAGGCCUGGCACCUCCACGCCGGCCGCUCUAUAAAAGCUCCACAGAUCUCCUCCAACACUCAGAACACCAACACCGAAGCUACUCUCUGGCUUUCACCUCCAACUACAACUACAACUUUCAACGAGACAAGCGGAGCAGCGGAGAGAGAUACACGCUACGAACACUCUGAGACUGACUACGAGAGACAAGAGAUCGCUUUGAUCACAACGAACUACCAACGCUCAAACUUUACUGAGAUUAUCCAACGACUUAACUGAGAAAGUUUAAAGAUUUGAAGACGAGCAAGAUGAGUGCCACAAUGAGGAUUUUGGUGCCAUUCCUGUGCAUCGCACUGUCACAUCUGGUUGCCGGUCAGGAGUGCAGUGGCCAGUGCACUUGCCCCUCCACGCCUCCACAGUGCCCCCCGGGGGUCAGCCUGGUUCUGGACGGUUGCGGGUGCUGCCGGGUCUGUGCCAAACAAAUGGGUGAACUCUGCACUGAGAAAGAUGUGUGCGACCCUCACAAAGGCCUUUACUGCGACUUUGGAGCCCCCAUCAACAGAAGAAUCGGUGUCUGUACAGCUAGAGAAGGAGCCACCUGUGUCUUCAAUGGCAUGGUGUACAAGAGUGGGGAGAGCUUCCAGAGCAGCUGCAAGUACCAGUGCACGUGCCUAGAUGGCGCUGUUGGCUGCGUCCCUCUCUGCUCCAUGGAUGUCCGUCUGCCAAGUCCCGACUGCCCCAUGCCCAGAAGGAUCAAGGUCCCUGGCAAGUGCUGCGAAGAGUGGGUCUGCGACACCCCCACGUACAAUGACCCCUUCAUGGGAUCUGUCCUGCCUGCAUACAGAGAGGAGGAGACUUAUGGGCCCGAUCUUUCAUUGAUGAGAGAAAACUGCUUAGUCCAGACCACCGAAUGGAGUGCCUGUUCUAAGACUUGUGGCCUGGGCAUUUCGACCAGAGUAACCAAUGACAACCGCGACUGCAGACUGGAGAAGCAAACACGUCUCUGCAUGGUCCGACCCUGCGAGUCCCAGAUGGAGCAGAGCAUUAGGAAAGGCAAAAAGUGCAUCCGUACACCAAGAGUCUCCAAACCGAUGAAAUUCGAGAUUUCCGGCUGCACCACUACCAAGUCUUACCGACCCAAAUUCUGCGGCGUGUGCCUGGAUGGUCGCUGUUGCACCCCCCAUCGGACCACCACUCUGCCCAUGGAGUUUAAAUGCCAGGACGGGCAGAUUAUGAAGAAGCACAUGAUGUUCAUUAAGUCGUGCGCGUGCCAUCACAACUGCCCCGGAGAAAACGACAUCUUCGAGUCCAUGUACUACAAAAAAAUGAUCGGUGAUAUGGCGUGAGAAGUUAGAAAUUACACAUUUUAGAGACUAUGGGCAGCUUAAGACUUGAAUCUAAAAACAUCUCAUGCUUGUAGCUUGAUACACUGCAAGAAACAUGUGUAAGUUGGUUUGAAUGACUUGAAAAUCUUGAGUAGUAUUGCCUAGAUUAGAUUAAUUGGUUUGAAUUAACACAAUUAUUGGUGUUAAUCAAGUCUGAAUUUUUUAAGAACAACAUUUAACUUGAGAUAAAAAAAAAGUUGCAAUCUCAUGAAACAAGUCAAGUAAACUAGGCCUUAACACCUACUUAAGAUUCUUAGUUCAAGUCAUCUUUAACUAAACUACAUGCUAUUUUUUGCAAUGUAGAAAGCAUUGAAAUAGCCAAAGCGCUAUAUUUAAAUGUCUUUUUUUACAGCUGGAGUUUUUCCAGCCAAAACUCAGACAGAGAGUUGCCUAGCAGCUCCAAAAGACUCUGCACUAUUAGACUUUUGAACAACCUACUGCCAUUUUAACAAACCGUCCAUUUGAACACUGCAAAAAUGACUAGUUAUUAUUGUUAAAAUUACUGGAAUUGAGUAGUUUUCACAACUUCGGUUUAGCCAGUAUGAUUAUUGCACAGAAUUGCACAGAAAGUAAGAAAAAUACUGUCUUAGUCCACUGGCGGAAAAGUAAACAGUCUAUUAAGCCAACCUUGUUAAAACUACUCAACAUUCCUAAGUAAUUUGACCUGGUGUCGAUGUUGACGUUUUUUGCAGUGAAGUGAAGGCCUUAUUCUUUUGAAACCUUAUCGAAACCGUGACCCUGGUUUAAAGGAGGUGUCCAAAAACAGUCCCACCCUCCAUUUGCAGACUGUAAAGUGUUAAGUGAAAGCAGCUGGAGCGAGCGGCCCCUCCCAUCUGCAAACAGCCGUCAAUGGGCCCUGUGUCCACGCAUAGGCCAACUCUGAAUGUAUACUCUGUCUGUACGUUUGAGGUGGGGAGGCCGGGGUUAGACCUCGUUGGGAUCUGGUUUAGACCUGGUUCAGACCUGGUUUAGGCCUGGUUUAGACCUGGUUUAGACCUGGGUUAGAGACAGUUUAAUUUAGACUUGGUUUAGUCAGGUUUAGACUUGAUUUGUACUUGGUUUAGACCUGGUUUAGUCCUGGUUUAGACCUUGUUCAGUCCAGAAAAAGAUGCAUGUUGAUUUUGUUUUUGGACUUGAUUUAGACCUGUUUUAGUCUUGGUUUAGAUCUGAAAUUAUUCUUAUUUAGCAACACUUUUAGACCUGGUUUAGACCCAGUUUAGACCUAACUUAGUUCUAGAAUGACAUUAUUUUGUGAAAAUGGGACUUAAAUUUAAAGAAUAGCUUUAAAACUAUCCAAAAAUGUAACAUGUGACCUGAAAAUUCCGUCCUAAACAACAUGUGGAUGAGAAAAAGCAGCUUAACGUAGACAGUGGGAAUUCUGCCACGGCACUGAAUAAGGAAAACUGAGUCAGGUUUGAAGGAAAAACCUUAGUAACAAAAAGUGUCUAUUUUAUGAGGAAAUAGAUGUAAAAAAGACUGGAAGAAUGGUGUGUUCAUUCCUUUGUAAAACUUUGUAAAUACUGUAAAUGUACAGUUUAAGUUAAUUUAAAUGUGUCCUGUGCUUCUUAAAUGUACCUUUAUUUGGACUAUUCUAUUUUGUACUAUUUUAUUGAGAAAUGUGACAAAGAUGUUACAUGUUUCACUUUGUAGCUGGAAAUAAAAUGUUAUAUUUUUUA